UCUUUCUUUGGGUUACAUUGUAUUGCAGUCGUACGUAAGGCAGUGUGGUACCUUACUGCUAGGCCUAGGCUUUGAACCGGUUUCAUCAUCAUUACAAUAUUGGUGAUGAAAUACUGUUGAUAUCGUUUGUUUCAUUCGUUCUUAAAAGGAAUCUCACCAGGCUGCUUUCCAAGCAAGCGAUCUGCGUAUCUGUUUUACAUUGAACAGUUUUACUCUUGCAAAAUAUGGCCCAAAUUGAGGAGCAGGUGGCAGGAUUAUCGAUGGCGGAAAUAUACACAUCUGAGUCUAAAGGCAAUGACGAAACAGGAGAUGGAACCAAAGACAAACCGCUGAAAACUGUUCUUCAGGCAAUGAGAAAGGCAGGAAAAGAACCAUUUCCUGUGAUUUACUGUGAUUCAAAGCAAGAAGGGCAGGUCUAUGACCCAGUAGCCAAGUCACAGCUGAAGAAGGUUCAGAAGAUCUGGCAAAGAGAGCAGUACAAGAAAGCGGAUUUGGAUGAAGCAACUAAAAAAGAUGCCGAGAGAAGAGAGAAAAACCUUGAGGAGGCCAAGAAGAUCACCAUUGAGAAUGAUGCAAGUCUGCCCGCGCCAACAAAAAUUAAACUGAGGGAUGCAGUGAAGACCCGAGACACAAGAGUGAAGAUCUUUGGGUGGGUGCAUCGAAUUAGGAGACAAGGAAAGAACCUCAUGUUUGUGAUAUUAAGAGACGGCUCAGGAUUUCUUCAGUGUGUCAUGAAUGACAAACUGUGCCAGACAUACGAUGCCCUUACUCUUGCCACGGAGGCUGCCAUUUGUGUCUAUGGAGUCAUUUCACAGUUGCCAGAGGGGAAGACGGCCCCUGACAACCAUGAAAUGGCUGUGGACUUUUGGGAAGUUAUAGGAGCAUCUCCUGCUGGUGGUGCAGACAACCUACUCAACGAAGAAGCUCAUCCUGAUGUACAGCUGGACAACAGACAUAUGAUGCUUCGUGGAGAAAACACUGCCAAGAUCAUGAAGAUGAGGUCUGUGAUCACCCAUUGCUUCAGGGAACACUUCUUUAGUCGCGGCUACUUUGAGCUUCAGCCACCCACCCUGGUACAGUGUCAGGUGGAGGGGGGCUCCACACUCUUCAAAGUCGACUAUUUUGGAGAGGAGGCAUAUCUGACCCAGAGCUCUCAGCUGUAUCUGGAGACUGUGAUGCCGUCUAUGGGUGAUGUGUUUUGUAUGGCUCAGUCCUACAGGGCUGAGGUCUCACGCACUCGAAGACAUCUCGCUGAGUACAGUCACGUUGAGGCUGAGUGUCCUUUCAUCAACUUCGACGAGCUCAUGGACAAGAUUGAGGACCUAGUGUGCGAUGUUGUGGACCGUGUGCUCAAGUCGCCCUUUGGCAACAUUGUGUAUGAGCUCAACCCUGAUUUCAAAGCUCCCAAGAAACCUUUCAGAAGGAUGGAAUACAAGGAUGCCAUUGUUUGGCUGCAGGAAAACAAAAUUACAAAGGACGAUGGAACUUCAUAUGAAUUUGGAGAUGACAUCCCAGAGGCCCCGGAGCGCAAAAUGACUGACACCAUCAAUGAACCUAUUAUGCUGUGCAAGUUCCCGGCAGAAAUCAAAUCGUUCUACAUGCCAAGGUGUCAGGAUGACAGGCGUCUCACAGAGUCUGUUGAUCUUCUCAUGCCCAAUGUGGGUGAGAUUGUUGGAGGCUCCAUGAGGAUUUGGCAGCAGGAAGAACUGGAGGCAGGCUUCAAAAGGGAGGGAAUCAACACCGAGAACUACUACUGGUACAUCGACCAGAGAAAAUAUGGCACCUGCCCCCAUGGAGGCUAUGGGCUGGGCCUUGAGAGAUUUUUGUGCUGGCUGCUCAACCGUUAUCACAUCCGCGAGGUGGUGCCCUACCCACGUUUUGUCGGGCGAUGCACGCCGUGAGGUUCGCUCCUGUUGAGCAUCAAAAGACCACUACAAGACCCAGUGCUUCUUUACUGUUUGCUUUGUCCUUUUUCCCUUCAUUAUUAUUGUCUCAGCAUAUGUAAUGUCGAUGGACAAAUUUUUGUUACCCCUCUGUCAUUCAAAAUAAAUUGAAGGAUAGUUGAUACUCAUCGAAUUAUUUUACUGGAAUUUUUUUUACUGAUUUGAUUUUUUCUGCUUUCUUUUAGUUUAUUAGUGGAGGUACUAAUUGCUUAUCAACCUACUUAAAGUAUAAAGAGGUAAUGGUGUUUUGAAUGAGUUGCUCCAUUAUCUGAUGGACUUGUUCAUGGUGCGGUGUGUGUACUUGUUGUGCGAGUCUCUCAUCAAGGUUUCAGUAUGGAGAGUGUGAUUUUAGAUGAGGGUCUUCUUGACAAACUGCAACGCUAAAUGAUAGUUUGUUUCUGGUGAUUAUGCAAACGGUGAUGCUUUUAUAUCAGUGGUGAUGAUUAUGUCAACGAUGUGAAACAUUGGUACAUCUCUCUGAUAGGCAUGACUUCUACCAUCUUGUUAGAAUGUGGCUGUACCAAGUUCAGCUCCUAUAUUUCAACACGUAAGAAGGGAUUUCAGAAAGUUUACCUUUAGUUAUUGAGGUUGCACGAAAUACAAUAUCAUUGUGUUCAACCACUUUUGUUUCUUCAAGGGUACAGAAUUGUAAUUUAUUCAUGUAUCACAAUAUAUUGUAUUCGUUUCAUCAUGAACAGUUCAGACCAUGAAAUGCUUGCAUUUUAAAAUGAAUUUCGCUAAUUCAUUUUUAGAUUUAUCAAGCUGACAGUUUUUAUUGACUUGUGAGAAUAUCUCAGAGUAGGCUUACUCUUGCUCUGAGAUGGUCAAAAUGGGAAUGACAAGACUCGAAACUGAGUUUUUUGGUAGAAUUUCCCCAACGUGCAAAUUUUUUUGGAAAUUAUCAAUUGAUGUACUAAUAUCAUUGCUUUUGACUUUGGCAGGCAAGGAUGACUGGAUUGUAAUUCUUAACUCUGACAUAGAGACUAAACAAUUUAAAUCAUUUCAUGGUUGGGUUGAUUAGCAGACCCUGCCUGUCAUGGCCAACCCAGUUGGAGUAGGAUACUGUAGAAAGAUGAAAUGAACCCCCAUUAAAUUAUUUGCAGUUUUGGGAUCAAACCAUGUGCCUUGCCAAAAAAAAUGGGAGCUUUAUUGAAUAUGAUAGUGUUUCUUUAUUUUUGCAAAAAUACAUAGAUCGACACCUUAUAUUUAGUUCUUGCAUUUUUUCCUGAGUGCUCAUCCAAAUAUACUCAUUUUCGCUGGAAAAUAAAUUUUGUGUAUUGUACAGGGUAUUCUCUAUUAUUUUAACUCUUUAGUCUUUUGGUCUCAGUUUAUCUUUUUUGUAUGGUGAAAUGGGAUGACUUUACUCUGUGGCAAUGGUAUUGUCAAGUUCUUUCUUUGAUAAAGUCAACUUUAUAAUAUGGCCCUUAUUGCCACUUCACACUGAAAUGAUUCUCACAGAGAUGGUAGGACUGAAGAUUUAACAAAGCGUGUACUGUUUUAUGAGUUAGUAACCUAUAUUCAUUUAAUACUGCCAGUAGGUCCAUCCCUCUCCCCUCCCCCCUCUUAUAUCAUAUAUGCAUAAAUAUACUGAAGUACUGUCUAUGUGAGAUCCUAACUCUACAAUCUCACCUAUUUGAAGAGAAUGGAUUGAUGCACAACGCUUCCCAUGACUCACACUGACAGUGAUAGUACAUCUUGCUGCUUUUUUAAAUGUGAUGAAAGAGGUUCAAAACUUCUUUUCAAAUUCUUGAUUUUUACGACGGUCAGUGAAAGGCAAACGCUGGUUCUCAUUUUGAAAUUGUGCACCCUCUUGGAAAUCUUUUGUCAGUACAAGUUAUUGUUACAUGUAUAUGUUAUUGACCUGGAGGUUGAUUUAGGAGUUGGGGGCAACUAAAAAAUUAAUUUUAAAAAAUUAUCUACAGGUCUCUAUUGUCGGCUGACUCCUAAACAAUAAAACUGACGAGUCUCUCACUCUGCU